UGUACAAUCAACAUACGUGAGUAUCGUAUUUGAAUUUAUAAAAUAAAAGUUAUAAAAAUAAAUAAAAUAAAAGUUAUAAAAAGCUAUACAGUAACAAACGAAAAAUUGAAUUAAAAGAAUGAUCGAACAAAAAAAUGAUAUUCACGAAGUAUUGCACAAAUAUUUGGAAGAGGAAAGGGAUUUAGAGAAGAAAUUGCAAGAAUGUGAUCGAGCGCGACAAGAGUUGAGAUGUAGAGGUGAUGGCUCGAAAAUCGAUACAGAUCCGUCGGCUACUAGUCGAUGCUAUCAGCGCGAAGAAUCUCAUGUUCGGAAUCAACAGCUUUUGAAGGAUUUCGAGAAAGCCAAAGCAAUACUGAGGACUGAAUCAACAUUCACGCCAAACGAGCAAGAGCUUCGGGAUUUGGCAUCUGCUUAUCGACGUUUCUUAUAAAAUUAAAAAAAAACAAAAGUUGCUGAAAAAGAUUAUUCAUUGUGAAAAUACGAAUUGUGUGCGCUCGUACGGCUACUGUGAUCGGUUCGUCGAAGCAGUCUCACUUAAUAUCUCGAGCCAAACGAACAAACUCGUUGAAAAAAAGGACAGUUUGUUGAUCAUUUGGAUCGAUCGACCAUGUGAAACCUUUUCUGGAACUAAUUGAAUCUGAGGAAAAGCCGACCUUUCUGUAAAAGUAUACAAAGUAUAAAGUAUAAUGAUAACCAGGUCGAAAAUCGUAUGUCCGACCAUAUCACGUACUCUAACUACUUACAGAUGACCGCUACACGUCCAGUUGAUAUUUAUACAACAUGAUAAUCCAUUAGCUCCGAGUCCCUCGUUCUGCCUAUUCAAUUGUGAAGGUUUGGAACUACUUGUUAUUCAGCUAUUUG